AUGGCCGUUGAAAAGGGACAAAGCAGCCCGGUGCAGCCCUAUUUGGCAACCAUCCUAACCACUUCCCAAGCGUUCGCGGACAAUCCCCUUCGUAUGGUCUGUCAGGAUCAUCUCAGAUUCGGAUACCGAGAGUUGCUCCGGCGGCUACGGGGAGAGCCGGAGUCGAAGGAAGCGACAAACCCCAAAGAGGAUGAUGUCCACGGCGCAUCUGUGCUUCGCGGACAAGGCUGGUGGUGCUUUAUUUGGUACGUUCUGUGUUGCUGA